CAGUUGAAGUCAAUCUAACUUUUAAAGAUAUAUAUGCGUCGCUCUAAAGCAGUAUUAGGAAUGGUUUCAGCCAAGUAUUGAACAGUAACUACUUAAAUAAUGCUUGGACCAAGUUGUGAUCCAACUUUUAUCGAAAACGUUCAGUUUUCAUCUUGAAGUGUUUUGGUAUCAACCGUUUCAAAAUGGCCUCGAGGUCACCUAGUGGAAAAAGGAAGAACCCUUACCCUUAUUGGCAAUGGAAGAACUUUGCAAAGCGCAAGAAAACCAAAGAAGAUCAAACGAAGAAAAGCGAAGAAUCAAUAAAGCAUGCUUAUAAUGCCAAUGGCGAKAGCAGUCAAAGCAGUCCGCCUGUAUGGAAAGAUCGACCUACUAGUGAUGGCGUUGACAGCGUGGAGCUCUCCUAUCAACAAGAGUAUGUCUUGAAUCUGAUAAGAGACGGAAAAAAUGUGUUUUACACUGGGAAUGCCGGAACUGGAAAAACUACUCUUUUAAAAGAAAUCAGAAAAUGCGCUCCUGACGGUACCUAUGUUACAGCUCUGACAGGGGUUGCMGCUGUACAGGCUGGAGGCUCAACACUGCAUUCUUUUGCUGGUAUAGGACUGGGGAAUGGCACCAAGGAAUCCCUGUGUAAUAUUGUCAGGAGAGGAUCCAAAGUUCAAAAUUGGAGAAAAGCUAAAGUAUUGAUUAUUGAUGAAUUGUCUAUGUUGGAUGGUAGACUGUUUGAUAAAUUAGAAUACAUUGCUUGUAAUAUCAGAAAUUGUGAUUUGCCAUUUGGAGGGUUACAGUUAGUAGUUUGUGGGGAUUUCUUUCAGCUUCCUCCAAUCCAAAAAGUUGGAGAAACCUGUGUAAACUACUGUUUUCAAAGUAAAUCUUGGGACAAGUGUAUAGAACAUAAUUUAGAGUUAACCCAAAUAUACAGACAAUCGGAUCCAAGGCUUGUCAAAUUACUGUAUGAAGUUCGAUACAAGUGCUUAUCUGAUGAAUCUUUGGAAUUGCUUAAAUUUCUCAAGAGACCCAUACCAAAUACUGACAUAGAACCAACAAAGUUAUACUCUCAUAAUGCUCGAGUGAAUGACAUCAACAAUGCCAAAUUGAAGAGUCUUCCUGAUCAAGAAGAGAUGACYUACAUGGCUGAAGAUCAUGGCCAAGCUCCUUAUGUAGAUAACAUGAGCAAAUAUGUUAUUGCUAUGGAUAAACUUGUAUUGAAGAUUGGAGCACAAGUCAUGUUGAUCAAAAACUUGACUGAGGAACUUAUCAAUGGAUCUAGAGGUGUAGUGGAAGGAUUUGACAAUGAUGGGUGGCCUUUAGUCAAAUUCGUUGAUGGACAACUUAAGACAAUCAAAGAAAUGGAAUGGAAUCUAGAAAACAGCAGUGGAAAGGUGCUUGCUGUUAGAACUCAGGUCCCUCUCAAGUUGGCUUGGGCUAUUACUAUUCAUAAGAGCCAGGGCAUGAGCAUAGACUUUCUUCAGGUUGAUUUGAAGAAUGUGUUCUCUCAAGGUCAGGCAUACGUAGCUCUGUCUAGGGCAAGAACUAUAGAAGGACUACAAGUACUGUCAUUUGAUGUCAAUAAGUUUACAACAAGUGACGCAGUCAUAAAGUUUUACGAAGAUAAAGUCAAACCAGCUCCAACUGGUGACUCCAACACGGCUACAGACGCAAGACCCUCGAAUUUUGUGACGCCUAAUUUUCUUCGCAGAGCUCCGUCUAGUACUCCGUCUAGUACUCCCUUUAAGAGGAGAAACGACAGUCCACAAAAAGACUUUCAAAAUACGCAUCAAGAUUCUCCUUAUCGGCAAAGCUCCUUGUUUGAAACUAAGUGUUCACCUCUGAUUCUCAAACAGGAACAUUCCCGUAGCUCUCAUGAAUGUAGCAGCGCAAGGGGAAGUGUUGGAUUCCAAAAAGCAUCUGAUAUCUACCAGGACGCUGAUCGAGCCAAACGGAAAAUCUCCAAUGAUGAUGUGUCAAACUCCAAGUAUGUUAAAGCGAAGACAAAGAAAUGUGAGGGUGCUACUUUCACAGAUGGUUGUAGCGAUAAUAUUGAUGCCGACCUUACAUUUGAUGAUGAUAUUUCUGACUCCGAGUGUCUAAGAGCAAGCCAAGAAGAGUCUACUUUGAUACUUUAUUCUGAAGAGAUUUCAGAUUCGGAGUGUUUGGAAYCAAGUCAAUUUGAUGAACAGAAACCAUCCAAGGGGAAGCAACAAAAAUCGAAAUCUAAAAGGAGGAAUAAAAGUAACGAGAAUUGCAUAGACAGCGUCCCAAUGACGAGCUCUGUCGACCAAACAUCGUCCAUGACUGAUGAAAAACCGUCAUUGGUAAUUAAAAGAAGACAACCCAGAACUUCAACAUCUACAAGGCCGGAAGUAUGUGAACUCCCAGAAACACCUCCCCAUAAGGUCCUGAAUUUGCCUGCAGCACAAACGAGCGAAGAUAAGUCAAAGACUACAACUGACAAGAAAUAUUCACGUUUGAGAGAAAAGAGCAAGAAAAAGUGUGGUCGUCUGUUUGAAAAACUCAAAUUUGAGGACACAACUGCUGCAAAUACAGGAAAUAAUAGCACAAGUCCAGAUUUAACAAGUCGCACGAGUCUUACAAAAACCGAAAGUCCAAUGAACAAGACCUUAUCUUCAAGUAAAAGUUACUCAAAGUUGAAAGAUAACACCCACGAGAAAAAGUCACCAAUAGCCAAAGCAAUUGAUAAACUAGUGUCUAGCCAAUCAACACUGCCGUCAGAUCUUGACCAAUCAAGAAAGAGAAGUAAAGUGAGAAGUUCACUGAUGUUUGAAUCUUUGAAGGAAAAUCCGGGCAUUCCUAGCGCCACAAAAGACGAUUUGGGUCAUUCAAAUGAUGUCACCCCUAUGUCAUCUUGUCCUGGAAUGGGCAUUAAAAGCAACGAUGAAAAGAACGUAAUGAAACACAAGGGUUCUAGUGAUGUGUCCACACAAACUGAGUUAAACUACCCAACUAUCUGCUUUGAUCCGCCAAGUGCCUCUUUGAUCAUUUGUGACGCACUGAAACAUUUGUUCGGCUUGAUGGCGAUAACAUCAACUGUUUUAUUCCAAAUUAUUGUUUCUACGUUUAUAGAACACAAAAUAGACUAAAUACAUAUAAAGGUUGGUUGUUCGAACUGCAAUUUUAUAGAAAUAUAUAGAGAGCACUCAUAUGCUCCGGGAACAUCGAGAAUUGUUAGAUCAAUCAACAUCAAUAAUGUUGGAUCAUCGAAAAAUUAUUGGAUGGCCAGGCGACUUGAAGCAUUGCACGUUUGAGAUCUUUUUAAGGAGCUCGAACGCUACAGGUGACAUACUUCAUACCGGUCAACUAAACCACGUCACACAGGCUCUGUAGGUAUGGUUGACAAACAGCAAAAUCAGUUCGCUCAACAACGUUAGAUGUUAGAUCCAUUAGCGAUGAUUGUACCACUUGGUCAUAUAUGAAGUCAUAGCGAGAUAUAUAGAGAAACGUUCACUACAGUAUCGUUCAUGUUCUUGUUAAACUUCACGUCGGUACCUGAUCGAAAGGUUUUACAAAGUAAUCGUUUUUAUAAAAAUAGAAAAAAAUAGAGGAAUUUAUUGUAGAGCAAAACUGGCUCCAUAUAUGAAAGCUAAAAAAAAUAAAGUUUAUCUGAUCA